UCACGUGCUCUUUUUCGUUCGGGGCAAGGCAAGAGCAAGAGAGAGUUCGGAGAACCAGGGGUCCGUCGAUUCCAGGGAUCACUCGUGGGCGGUUUUUUCUCGUGGUAAUCGACGAGGCGGCUCCAUCCGAGACAUCGCAGCCCGAGCGCGCGAUCAGGAAGGAAGAAGCAUCGCAGCGCGGUAGAAUCUUGAAAUCUUCGUCGUGAAUUCUCCUCCUCGCGGCAGUGAACGAGAGAUCUAGAGCGGAGUUUUGUUUCGAAAUCAAAGCCCUUAUUCCUUUAUUCAAGAAAAUAAAAAGGCUAUCGUUUUAAUUUUUCUUCGGAAGAAAGAAGAAACGAGGUAGGGUUGCAAUUCUUCGACGAAGAGCAGAGAAAAUGUCGGUCCAGGAGUAUCUCGACAAGCACAUGCUCUCUCGGAAGAUCGAAGACGCCGUCAAUGCGGCCGUCAGAGCCAAGACCCCAGACCCCGUUCUCUUCAUUUCAAAUCAUAUGAAGAAAGCUGUUCCUUCUGCGAUCACAAGGAUCAAAGCGCGGCAGAUCUUGGAUAGCAGGGGGAUCCCUACUGUGGAGGUGGAUCUCUACACAAACAAGGGGAUGUACCGAGCCUCGGUUCCCAGCGGUGCCUCUACUGGAAUGUAUGAGGCUGUUGAAAUGCGUGAUGGAGAGAAAGGGAAAUUUCUUGGAAAGGGUGUUUCAAAGGCUGUGAAUAUUAUUAAUGCAAAGAUUUCUGAAGCCUUAAUUGGCAUGGAUCCUGCGCUUCAAUCCCAGAUUGAUCAAGCAAUGAUGGGUUUGGACAAAACUGAGAAUAAGGCUGAGCUUGGAGCAAAUGCUAUGUUAGCUGUGUCAAUUGCUGCUUGCAAAGCUGGUGCUGCAGAAAAAGAGGUUCCUCUCUACAAACACAUCGCUGAUCUUUCCGGUACAAGCAAUCCAAUCCUUCCUGUUCCGGCCAUCACCGUCAUUAGUGGUGGAAAACAUGCUGGGAAUAAUUUGGCUGUCCAAGAAAUUAUGAUUCUUCCAAUUGGUGCAAGUAACUUUGGGGAAGCAAUGCAGAUGGGUUGUGAGACCUACCAGCACCUAAAGGUUAUAAUUUUAGAGAGAAAUGGUUCAAGCGGCUGCAAUGUUGGCGUUGAUGGUGGAUUUGCUCCAAAUAUCUCCAGCAUUGCUGAGGGCCUGGAUCUUGUUAAAGUGGCAAUUGACAGAGCUGGAUAUAAUGGAAGAAUCAAGUUGGCAAUAGAUGUUGCUGCUACUGAUUUUUGCAUAGGAAAGAAAUACGAUUUAGACUUCAAAGCACCAAAUAAGUCAGGGCAGAAUUUCAAGACAGGAGAAGAUAUGAUUGAGAUGUACACCCAACUCUGUACAGAAUAUCCAAUUGUCUCCAUUGAACAGCCGUUUGACAAGGAUGACUGGGAACGCACAAAGUUAUUUACCAGCCUUGGAAAAUGUCAGGUUGUAGGAGAUGACUUAUUGAUGUCAAAUCCAAAAUGCAUAGAACGGGCAAUACACGAGUCUACUUGCAAUGCCCUUCUUCUGAAGGUAAAUCAGGUUGGAACUGUCACAGAGGCUAUAGAAGUUGUGAAGAAGGCUAAAGAUGCUCACUGGGGAGUAAUCAUAUCGCACAGAAGUGGAGAGACUGAAGAUUCCUUCAUUGCUGAUUUAGCAGUUGGCCUUGCAACUGGCCAGAUCAAAGCUGGAGCACCUUGUCGUGGGGAGCGACUUGCAAAGUACAAUCAGUUACUUAGAAUCGAGGAAGAACUUGGAGCUGAAGCUACUUAUUCUGGGGAGAACUGGAGACAAGCAUGAUACACAGGUUUUCACUCUUACAAUUUUGCUUUACAUGUGAUCUCAUGAUGCUAUGGGGAUCGAGGUCAUGUUGUUCACAUCCAAUUUUCUGGCAUCUUGUCUUGUUGAUGGUUUGAGCACAAGCUUUGCAAGUUUUUUGAGUGAAUUCUUCAGUGUAGUUGAUGUAAGACUGAUGGAAGCUGUGGGAUGUUUCAAUGGUUUCGGUGAAUCAUUGAGAUUAGUGAUUGUACCAAUCUUUUUAUGUGAUUGAGCGUGGUACCUUUCCAUAUUAAAGUGAGUUUUUGAUAUACUUUUUGAAGAGCAGGGUUAGAGAUCAUGAUUAGAUUUUAUUUUCUAUUUUUGCAAAUCUGCAAUGAGAUGAUUAAUUUGACAUGACA